CGUAGGUAGGAGAGUAAUAGCAUGAGUCAGGACCAGAUGAAUCGUCAGAAGCAUAUCUAUCGUUCAGGACAUAUAAUAUAUUUACAUGUUAGGGAUCAAGAUUAACAGGCAGCUCGUAAAGGAUCAUGCUCAUACUGUCAUCGUUUCAAUGUAGUAUGCCGUGAAGUUCUUUGACGCUAUCGAAGUCGAUAGCUUUGCAUCGCGCUCGUCCGUCGCCCUGUCGAUGAUAAAAUGCCCGAAAAUGAAUGCAAGUCCUUGUCCUGCGUCUUCGUAGUUGUCGACAAAAAUAAGUCGCGCACGCUAAACAGAAGCCCUCGACUUCGUAGUGAAGUAGACUUACCUGGCACUGGAACGAGUCUAGUGUGGAACUGUCUUCAGUCGUCGACUGCUUCGUAGCGGAGAAGAAAAGCAGUGGUUCUGUUAUAUUCGAGAGAUUUCUUUCGGGAAAGCACGCAAACGAAGUUGCGGCUUCGGUGACAUGAUGGCAAGUGUCGGGAUAGUAUCUCGCCUAAUAUCGUUUGCCAGCACAACGGAGUGUGGAGAUUUCAUGUAUUCGGUAUCGUGACGCAAAUUCUUGGAAAACUCCUGAAAAGUUGCAUUGUGGAGAGAGGCUGAGAGUCAGAGUGAGACUGACGAAACAAGAAGAACAGUUUUUGGUCGCGCCACUGCAUCGGAUAUGUGAAAAUGUGAUAAAGCGCACACGAAAAAGGUAUGUUGUUACGAAAAUAGAAGUGCCCGUCUCUACUUGCGUCAUCGGAAAAGGCAGUAUCCUAAAAAGUGCUAUAUUGCUAUUUGCGGGGAGCCUGUCUCCAUCUUCGCCUUUUGUAUCAAAAAAUGUAGGAAAGAGGCAUCGAAAAUCACACGCAUGGCCGUGCACUAACAGACGUCCGUAGUAAGAUUUUCAAGUGACUAUCCCUUGCGUUAAUCUAUACUUGUAGUUAUAGAAGGUUAUAUCUUUUUAUCAUACAACGAAACGGAAAGCCGAGGCUUCUUAUAUGAAUUAUUCGUAAAAAAGCAAUCAUAUUAAACGCAAAUCCGUUUAGAACGAACGCGGCGCCACAUGGAAUAAAUACUGGUAACUCACUCUUCUUUUCAUCUACCAAGUAGGCUUAUUGAUUUUCAACUUCCUAAUGAACGAUCUGAUCAUCUUAGUCUCCUAAAAAGCAUGAGGAAUAGAUAUAACUAGAGCAUCAUAAACGAAUCAAUCUGAUUAUUUCUGUCUGUGUCCUAAGUCUAUGGACAUAAACAAACUAGAAGCACUUCUGGGGAAAUCAUAGUACAUUCUUUCAGUCACUACUUCCAAUGAUAGCUACCUUUCGACAGGGCUAUAGCACUCGUCCUCUGUUGAAGUGAAUACGUACAUCGAUCUAGCGCACCCUCCAUCUUCACGUGCCAUGGUAUCCUCGGCGCGCGGAGGCGUCCCGGCUGUGCCGCCGGGAUCCAUCGCACGGAAAUUAUGGGCCGCUAUACCGCUCAUGAUUGCAUCAUUGCUCUACAUCUCAACGUCUGCCGGGCUCCUCAGCUACAACAAGUUUCUCGUGAACCCAGACCGGUUUCCGUACGCAGUGGCCCUAGUCUUGAUGCACAUGGCGGUUAGCUUCCUCAUGUCGCUAGGUACUUGUGAUUACAUUUAACCCUUCACACCUUCUUCUUCAAGACGUGUCUGAAGUUUUCAAAAAAAUGCUACUUGGUAUUCGUGAAGGUCUGCGCGAUCGCUGUAGUGCCUCAGGUCGGGGUGCAUCAUCCAAAGUCUGAAAUACGUGCAACAGCAGUUAUUAUCUAUCUGUGCGGGCACAUUUCAGCGUAUUCAGUAGUACAUUUUGAUUUUUGAAAUUACAGCUCUGUAUUGCAUUAGGCCGAUGUGGUUUCCCGCGGUCCAGUAUAUGCGAGAACACCCGAAGUUAGCCUGGACCUAUGCAGCUAGCAUCAUGCCAAUAGCCCUUUGUUUUGCUGGAACGCUUGUCCUCUCCAACCUGGCGUACCUUUACUGCAGUUUACCGUUCCUGCAGAUGAUGAAGGAGGGCAAUCUGGUUCUGGUCUACCUGGGUUCGCUCCUCAUCGGCCUGGAGAAAAGUAUACUAUCUACGAUCGGGUACAAGGGAGUUUUAUGUCGGUCAUAGCCUCCAGACUUACCAUAAUGUAGAAGAUGUUGUGACGCGGUGGCUAUAUCAGAGUAGUUUAUAGCACGCAUGGUGCAUGGAGUGCAUGGAGCGCAGAGCUUUAAGGGGCGCAAGAAGCUCCCCCUUUAGCUCCAUGCUACUCCAUGUGAUCCAUGCACUCCAUGCCAUGCGAGCUGUGAAACCUUAUAAAUUGCUCUGCUAUAUGAUUAUCCUCGUUCUUAUCGCGACGCAUCAUCAUGAUAACUAUCGCCAUCAGCGUCACAACUAUUAUUUUCUGAGGAUUGGCAAACUAAAUUACAUGUCGUCUACGACAUUCAUCACAUUAUUCGCCUCAGGUGUCGAGGUGCGGGUAGUCGGAAUUCUCGCGUGGAUUAUCUUGGCAACAUCCUUGACAGUAUAUGGGGAGAUGAAUUUCGUUUUUUUUGGCUUCUGCAUUCAGUUAGGAUCUCAACUCUGCGAAACGGGGAAGAUAGUGCUGCAAAAUAAGGCCCUCUGCGAACCCGUGGAAGAGGAUGCUGGUACUAAGCAGGAUUUGCUGCUUUGUUUUUUGAUCUACGUACUUACGUCCUCUAGAAGAUAUUAAGAUACGCACUACGACUAUCUUUAACAAGCGUGAGCGAAUUGUUUGACAUUCCUAGCCCAGUUUCUACAAUGUUUACGUGCAGCACCGAACAAAAUUUGACUUCUCAAUUGUAUGUGAGAUUUGUAUUCAUAACGUAUGGAUUUACAUGCAGAAUGAAAUACUUCGCAGACCACGACGAGACCGCACCCCUAGCCGCAAGCGAAGAGAAGAAGAGCGGGCCUCCGAAAAAGGUAGAUCCACUGAGUUUUGUGCUCUUCAUUAGCCCAUGUUGCAUUCCUAUCCUGUUCACGAAGCUGUACUUCAUGGAGUGGGAGUUGGCCGUAGUGCAGCGAGCAGAGGUAUGGGCGCAACACUUAGCGCUUAACUGUCUUUGCGCGUUCGCCCUGAACGUAUGUAUAGCAGUCUUCAUGACGUAUGCCUCUGCGGUAUCCUUCCUAGUCUGCGGAGUGCUGAAAGUUAUGGGUCGUCAAUAGAAGAGUGUUUAUAAUACGCAUCACAAAACAGUUUUCGAGUGUUGGAACUGCUCGAAGCUAGCAUCUUCUGGAUAAGAAUCAUUGUGACUAGUAAGUUUUUCGGUAAGCAAAUGACUGACUCAUGAUUUUCAUGAGCAAAUGCAUCAAGAAUGUCUCGGGUUCAUCUUGAUAGGGGUACCAUCCAUGAAGUAGAUUUGUUUUUCUAAGGAACACAUUUUCGUGAUAUUGGUUGGCAUCCUAUUUUACCAAGAGGCGAUCUCUGGACUGCAAGCGGCAGCUUUUUCUAUGCAGUUGUUUUUUAUCGUCCUCUACACGUGCGUGCGAGGGUUUCCAGAACUCUUCCACGACGACGAGCUCGCGGGUUGGACACUAGUGAAGGUACCCAUAUCUUUCUCGCUGAGGUGGUGGACUUCAAAAAGUUCUAUUAGUGUAACAGGCCUGCGCCUGAAUGAAGAUGAUCAGAGGUACUGAACCUAUUAAGAGGUAACAGCUAAACGGCAACCUAAAGGCACAGCACACUGCUACGCUAAGAUACAUAUAAGGCAUUCGGUCACGUCCCUGUGUGGGAUUGUUGCUCUGUAAUUCAGGUUCUAAAUUCUGAAUGACAACCCACUGAUGCAUCUUUUUUAGGGCCUCUUUUUCGGCGGGUGGUGGUUGCCGUCAUCAACUGUAGAAGUCGAGAAGCGAUCACUCGCUGGCCGAGGCGAGUCUGACCUCCUGACCCCAUCGACGACCGCAAGUCAAUACUCCGAAAGCACGCCAAGCCUCUCCGAUCGAGAGGUGACAGUGUGAAGACUCAGAACUUGUUUCUAGUACAACGGGAAAAUGGUUCCUAUAGAGAGCGGAAAUGACGUAUUUGCCAACGUCUGUCGUAUAAUUCUCCGGGGAAUGAAAUGAGAUCCAAAGCAGGAACGAAUGAAAAUCGUUGUCAGACGCUGUUCUUGCUCGCAAGAUGCCACGAUUCUUGGAUCCUUCGGCGUGUGACAAGAUGAAAUGCAAAUUGUUGCGACUGAUGACAAUCUGAAUUGUCAUCAGGUGAUGCAACGCGAAUGGAAUUCAUCAAACAUGUUGGACGUAUGAUGCGCGACUCUGGCUGGAUGCUGAUAUUCAUUUGGUUCUCAGCGAUCACCGC